AUGCCCCCCGCGCUCAACCGCUCGUCGUCGGCAGCGGCAGCGGCGGCGAACGCCAAGAUGUAUUCGGCGCAGGGGCCGCACGUGGUGGGGUUGGACGAGAUCGAGGCGCUCAAGGCGUCGGCCAACAACCUCUUCGUGGAGGGCAAGUUCGGCCAGGCCAUCAUCGGCUACAGCUACGCCAUCAAGCAGAUGGCGGGGCUCAUCGUUCCGUCCGCGCGCCGCGCCAGCACCAAUCUCGACAGCCCCUCCGCCGUCGCCAGCGCCGUGCGCGACGCCAAGCCCGACCCGCGCACCGCGCAGCUCGCCGCGAUCUUGUACAGCAACCGCGCUGCAGCCUACUUGAAGAUUGAGAAAUACGACAAGUCACCGCUCCUGUGCCGCGGAUCCUACGCGGACGCGGCCCGCUUUCUUAGGCCUGCUGCAAUGCUCCCUACCCUAAUCUCAUUCCACUCCCCUUCCUCCAUGUCCUCACUUUCCCCGGCAUCUCGUCAUACCUCCCCUUUCCGUUGCCUCGUCGCCUUCCUUGCGUUUCUUCUGACCUUUCCGCAUUCCUCCUCUCCCUGCGUGGCGGGGCCCAACCAACAGGCGGCGGUGGAUGCGGGGGCGGCGGCGGUGAUAGACGCGAGCAACUUCAAGGCGUGGCUGCGCAAGGCCAUGGCGCACAAGGAGCUCAACCAGUGGUACGACUGCCACGUGGCGUGCAAGGCCGCCCUGCGCCUGGAGCCCGCCAAUGAGGACGCGAGGAACCUGUUCGAGGAGUCCCAGUUCAAAAUGGGGUCCGUGCCGCAGCAGCCUGCCCCGCAGCCACAGGCAGCGCCGGCGCCACAGCCCUCGUCAAAGAGGUUUGGCUUGUUUGGCAGAAGAUGA